AUUCUCUCUACAGCGCCAGUCACCUACAUACUGUACGUCUGCCUCCCCAGCCGGUUACCAUUCAAGUGUGGUUGGUUGAAACAAAAUCGUCUGGAUUUGUACAUUGUGGACCUGCAUCUUCCACCUCUGUUUGUAAUGGAGUACUUUUGUGAGUAUCUUCCCCAACACAUAAGAGUCAGACUGUGAAACACGGGAACCGGUUUAUAUACAACCAUAAUCAUCUAAGCGAUGGAUCACCAUUCCCAUGGAGAGACCCAGACCUCGCUCACUGACCUCUUGCUGGAUUAUCUAAAUGAUCUCAGUGAUGAAGAGUUGAAGGAGUUUAAACUGCGUCUCCCAGUGAAUAAAGAGUUAAAGCCCCUUCCCAAGGGUCAGAUGAAAACCUUGGGCAGAACAGACUUCGCUGAAAUGAUGAUGAAUUCCUACAGUAAAGCCGGGGCUCUCAAAGUCACGCUUGAGAUCCUGAAGAAGAUGAACCUGAAUGACCUUGCUCAGAGACUGAAGGAAGACCUGCAGAAGUGUAAGCAAGCAGGAAGUGAGCAGAGUGACAUGUUGGAGACGAGGCAACUCAUGUUGCACAAAAUAAAAUGUUCCUUGAAAGAGAAAUUUGAGUGUGUGUAUGAAGGGAAAGCUAAGGAAGGACAGCGAAUACUUCUCAGUGAGAUUUACACAGAACUCUACAUAACUGAAGGUGGGACUGGAGCAGUCAAUGAUGAACAUGAAGUGAGACAGAUUGAAACAGCAUCCAAGAAAAGGCGAACAGAAGAUACUACAGUCAAGUGCAAUGAUAUAUUUAAACCCUUAUGUGGGCGUGUGACACCUAUCAGAACUGUACUCACUAAAGGGGUGGCAGGUAUCGGGAAAACAGUCUCUGUGCAGAAAUUUAUUCUCGACUGGGCAGAAGGAAAAGCAAACCAGGAUGUUCACUUCAUAUUUGCUCUUCCUAUCCGGGACCUGAAUUUGAUUAAGGGUGAAUACAGUCUGAUUGAACUGCUUCACCGCUUUGUCCCAGAACUGAAAUCACUUGAUUCCACUGAGCUGUUUAGGUACAAAGUCUUGUUUAUCUUUGAUGGUCUGGAUGAGUGUCGCCUUCCUCUGGAUUUUCGGAACAAUGAGAGCUGGUUUGAUGUAACAACAAAAAUGUCACUGGAUCUGCUGUUGACUAACCUCAUUAAGGGGAAUCUGCUCCCAUCCGCUCUCCUCUGGAUAACCUCCCGGCCAGCAGCAACCAAUCAGAUACCUGCUAAGUAUGUCCAUCAGGUGACAGAGAUACGAGGGUUCAGUGAUGCCCAGAAGGAGGAGUAUUUCAAGAAGAGAUUUAAUGAUCAGAGCCUGGCCAGCAGGAUUAUCACACAUGUGAAAUCAUCAAGGAGCCUCUUCAUCAUGUGCCACAUACCUGUGUUCUGUUGGAUUUCAGCCACUGUGCUUAAGAGGCUUUUUACUGAGAAUGACAGGGGAGAAAUUCCAAGGACUCUGACUGAAAUGUACACACACUUCCUGAUUCAUCAGGCAAGUUUUAAAAAAGACAAGUAUAUGAAAAACUAUGAAAGCAAGCUAAAUGAAAACAGCAAGGAAUUCCUUUUAAAACUUGGUAAACUGGCUUUUGACAACCUUGAGAAAGGCAAUCUCAUAUUUUAUGAGCAAGAUCUGACAGAGAAUGGCAUUGAUGUCGCUGAAACUUCAGUUUACUCUGGAGUGUGCACAGAAGUCUUUAAAGAGGAGUAUGGGUUGUACCAGGAGAAGGUGUACUGCUUUGUGCAUCUGAGCAUCCAGGAGUAUCUCGCUGCUUUAUAUGUGUUCCUGUCAAACUCAUCAGCUGACCUGCUGAAGACUGCAGUGAAUCAGGCAUUAGAGAGCAAGAAUGGACACUUGGACCUCUACCUCCGCUUCCUCCUGGGCCUCUCAACAGACUCCAGUAAGACUCUGUUACAAAGGCUACUGGGGCCGACAAAAACCAGCUCACAUAACAUUAGGAGUACAGUGAAAUACAUCAGGGAGAAAAUAAAGGAGAAUUUAUCUCCAGAAAGGACCAUCAACCUGUUCCACUGUCUGACUGAGCUGGGUGACAAUUCUCUAGUAGAGGAAGUACAAAGAUACCUGAAUUCAGGAAACAUUUCAGCAGAUGACCUCUCACCUGCACAGUACUCAGCUCUGGCCUUUGUGAUGCUGAUGUCAGAUGAGGAGCUGGAUGUGUUUGACCUGAAGAAAUACAUCAGAUCAGAUGAAGAGCACUGCAGGCUGCUGCCUGUGGUCAAGAACUCCAGGACGGCUCUGCUGAACAGCUGUGAUCUCAUAGAUAAACACUGUGAAGUGCUGACUUCAGCUCUCAGAUCAAACUCUUCCCCCCUGAGAGAGCUGGACCUGAGUGACAAUAACCUGGAGGAUUCAGGAGUGAAGCUGCUCUCUGCUGCACUGGGGGAUUUACACUGUAAACUGGAGAUACUGAGGCUGUCAGGCUGUAGAGUCACAGAAGAAGGCUGUUCUUACCUGGCUUCAGCUCUGAGGUCAAACCCCUCACACCUGAGAGAGCUGGACCUAAGCUACAAUCACCCAGGAGACUCAGGAGUGAAGCUACUCUCUGCUGUACUGGAGGAUCCCAGCUGUAAACUGGAGAAGCUGCAGGUGGGCCGGUGUGAACUCACAGAGAAAUGCUGUGAGGCACUGGCUUCAGCUCUCAGAUCAAACUCCUCACCCCUGAGAGAGCUGGACCUGAGUGACAAUGACCUGCAGGACUCAGGAGUGAAGCUGCUCUCUGCUGGACUGGGGGACUUACACUGUAAACUGGAGAUACUGAGACUGUCAGGCUGUAGAGUCACAGAAGAAGGCUGUUCUUCCCUGGCAUCAGCUCUGAGGUCAAACCCCUCAUACCUGAGAGAGCUGGACCUGAGCUACAAUCACCCAGGAGACUCAGGAGUGAAGCUGCUCUCUGCUGUACUGGAGGAUCCCAGCUGUAAACUGGAGAAGCUGAAUGUGGAUUACGGUGGAGAGUGCAGGACCAGAGCAGGCUUACAGAAAUACUCCUGCCAGCUGACGCUGGACCCCAACACAGCAAACAGAUUCCUGUCUCUGUCAGGGGGGAACAGGAAUGUGACAUGGGGGGCAGAGCAGCAGCCAUAUCCUGAUCAUCCAGAGAGAUUUGACGGCUGGUGCCAAGUUCUGUGCAGAGAGAGUCUGACUGGCCGCUGUUACUGGGAGGCUGAGUGGGAUGGAGAUGGAGCCUGGAUAGGAGUGACUUAUAAAGGGAUCAGGAGGAAAGGAUGGAGUGACUGUUGGCUUGGAUACAAUGACAAGUCAUGGUGUCUGUACUGUAAUACUGACAGAUACUCUGUCUAUCACAAUAAGAAACCGACUCUCAUACCCACAGAUCCCUCAGGCUCCCGCAGAGUAGGAGUGUAUCUGGACUGGGGGGCUGGUGCUCUGUCCUUCUACAGAGUCUCCUCUGAUGGACUGACCCCCCUGCACAGAUUCACCUCCUCAUUCACUGAGUCCCUCUAUCCAGGGUUUGGGGUUUAUAGUGACUCCUCAGUGUCACUGUGACGUGUUGCUGGUUCUCCUGCAAAAAGGUCAAAUCUCUGCUUUUUAACCUUUAUUAUCCUUUUUACUCUGAAAUGUACAGAACUGUGCAAAAGUCUUAGGCAGACAAAGAAAAUGAUGUUUAGAUUAUCCUGCUGUUGGUGUAAAACUAUGAUAUGAUGCCUGUCAGUGUGUCAGCUUCGCCAUUUCAGAACCUCUGCUAAAAUCAUCCUAGUAUUUGCAGCGACCGUCCAGUACAGCCAUGUAUUUUUUGACUUGGCCACUAACACACCUCAUACAGCUAGUCAAUCUCUCACUGACUUUUAAACCGAUAUAUUUAAUUAUUUAAUUGAGCUGUUGGUGAAAUUUAACAAAAUCAUGGAACGGCUGAGGUGCCCCUGAGGAGAAGUUUGGGAACUGAAGUUGUGUUCAUCUAGCCAUCCAACUAGAUAUCAGUAACUUUUUAGAAAACAGAAGAAAUUAUUACUAGUUUUUAUUGUGUUACUUUUAAUUUGCACACGUUCUAAUGUUAAAUUGUAUUUUUUGUUCUAAGCCAAAGUACACUUGCUACCCAGAUAAACAGCUUUAAACAUUUCUUUGGACUGCCUAAGACUUUUGCACAGUACUGUGUGUUUGACAAAAAAUAAAUGACUGUCUUCAGUGAGCUGAAUAACAUCAAAAAUAUUGUUUUUUUAUACGUUUUCUCUCUGACUAAAGUGUAAUUAAAUGUAAUCCUGAUUGGGGGGGGGGGCUAUCCCCUUCUCCUGUAUAUGUACAUUUUAUAUAUUAUAUAUUUAUGUCCAUUUACAGUAUUUCCUCCCUGUACAGUGACAAUAAAGGCUUUCUGUUCUGUCCUA